UUAGUAAUAUUUUCAAUUGGUAUUUUUUUAUCAAUCAUUUGAAUUGUUUGUUCGUGAAUUAAGUGAAAUACUUUAUUGACAAAGUGUCUCCCAUGCUUUUUGCAGUUCCAGUGUCAAGUUACAUAAUUUUAAAUAUCACUAGCAAGACUACCACGACCAUGACAGUCUCAAGAACGACUUAUCUCCCAGACUUCUUCUACUGGGCCUACUUGAGAGAGACUGCGAGUGGAAACUUGGUUACAACAUUCCAGAUUUACUCAAACGAUACAACAUUUACUGGACUGGUUCCUGGAAGGUACUACUCCGUGUCUGUGGAGGCUUACAAUGGGUCCAUCUCAUAUUGGUCAGAUGUCAUGGACAGAACUCUUCCUCCACAAGUCAAUGUUACCGUCAUCGUCAACAGUCCUACAGCCAUGACAGUCUCAUGGGUGGCUCCGACUUCAGACGUUGACUAUUACGUUGUCUACUUAAAUGAAACCUACAAUGCAACAGCAGUGAAGAGCUUCAUUUUGCCUUCCUACGUUACAACACAAGCAUUUACUGAUCUGGUCCCUGGUAGAAGUUAUAACGCUUCUGUAACAGUAUAUAGUGGCAUUAACUCCCAACCGUCAGUCAUUGUCACGAAGAUAACCUACAUGUCAAUUCGGCUGGCUGGGAGUAACACCGCAUGUCAGGGCCGGGUGGAGGUGUUCCACAAUGGCGGGUGGGGCACGGUUUGUGACGACUUUUGGAGUUCGCAGGAUGCCCAGGUCGUGUGUCAUCAACUGGGUUGUGGCCUCAAUGGCGUUGCCAUAUCAAAUGCUUACUUUGGAGAGGGCAGUGUCCCUAUCUUUCUCGACGAUGUUCAGUGCUCUGGUUAUGAGACUCAGCUCUCCGACUGUAGUCAUCGUCCCUGGGGGAUUCACAACUGCUUCCACUCUGAAGAUGCCUCAGUCAUCUGCUUGCAAGUGUCAAGUUACAUCGUUUUAACCAUCAUGAGGAAGACUACCACGACCAUGACAGUCUCAGGAACGACGUAUCUCCCAGACUCGUUCUCCUACUGGGCCUACUUGAGAGAGACUGCGAGUGGAAACUUGGUUACAACAUUCCAGAUUUACUCAAACGUGACAACAUUUACUGGCUUGGCUCCUGGAAGGAACUACUCUGUGUCUGUGCGGGCUUUCGAUGGGUCUGUCUCAUAUUGGUCAGAUGUGGUAAUGGACAGAACUUUGUCAAGUUACAUCGUUUUAACCAUCAUGAGGAAGACUACCACGACCAUGACAGUCUCAGGAACGACGUAUCUCCCAGACUCGUUCUCCUACUGGGCCUACUUGAGAGAGACUGCGAGUGGAAACUUGGUUACAACAUUCCAGAUUUACUCAAACGUGACAACAUUUACUGGCUUGGUUCCAGGAAGGAACUACUCUGUGUCUGUGUGGGCUUCCGAUGGGUCUGUCUCAUAUUGGUCAGAUGUGGUAAUGGACAGAACUUGUAAGUUCCGUUGUGGUCAACUGUUCAGACUAUAUUAAUAUUGACAGUAAUCUCUGUAUGCUACUAUAUAUCACAAGUGCAUCGCAUAUAUUACACGUUGUAUUACUUUAGUAUUCAAAGCGUUUCACCACCACAUGAUGCUGCCAUUGUUUCUAAUUGGUAUUUCUCAUCAUUUGCUUCAACCAUUGUAAAAUAACUAAAACAUGCCAUUAAAUGUCUUGCUUGCAUGUGGCCAUUUCAGUGUCAAGUGACAUCGUUUUAACCAUCACUAGCAAGACUACCACGACCAUUACAGUAUCAGGAACAACUUAUCUCCCAGACUCGUUCUCCUACUGGGCCUACUUGAGAGAGACUGUGAGUGGAAGCUUGGUUACAAGAUUCUCGAUUUACACAACCACGGCAACAUUUACUGGCCUGGUUCCUGGAAUGAACUACUCCAUGUCUGUGGAGGCUACCAAUGGGUCCUUCUCAAUUUGGUCAGAUGUGGUCAUGAGCAGAACUUGUAAGUACCUAUACAUCUGUUGAUCAGACUAUAUUAAUUUAUACAGUAAUGUGUGUAUGUUACUAUAUAUCAUAAGUGCAUUGCGUAUAAUACACAUUGCAUUACUUAAUUUGGUAUUGAAAACGUUUCACCACCAUGUAUUGCUCCCAUUGUCCCUGCAUUUAAAAUAGACAUACACUAUUCACAUUGGUCACGUUGACAGGCCAGCAUUCUCUUUUGCUAUAAGUAGGCCAAAAAAACGUGGAAGGAUGUGAUUUGGGCUGAUUUAUAGUAGGCAGACGUAAUCCUUUAACCUUAUAAUAAUUUGAUAUGUAUUUACACUGCUAAAGCGCCUUGCACCUGGAGGUCAGAAGGCGUUGUACAAAACACACACACACGUGCAGGCCCAACCCAAUACAAUCCAACCUCAAACUAAAAAGAUUCAAGAAAUAGAAAAUUUCCUUUAAAAAUAAGUGCCUCUUAAGGCACGAAUUGAAUAAAGCUAUGGAGUCAGCAUAGUGAACAUCCAUGGGAUGUGAACUCCACGGACCUGGGGGCCACGUGAGAUUAGGCCCAGUUAUCCAUCAUCAUAGAGAAGUGACCUCGGUAGACAACGAACACUAUUUUUAUUGUACCAGGUAAGGCCCACUGAGCUAUGUAGCUCUUUUCAGAAGCGGCCUGGCGAUCAUAAAUGAUAGCAAAAACGAAGUGGCGGCUUAUCAUCAUCUGAAACUUUAGCAGCCAAAUACUCUAAACGCAUUACUUUUAAAUCUGGAGAGAAAAACCAGAAGACCCGGAAACGAGGAGAAGAGGUGGUCUGGUAAGCACGCACACCGAGGGUAAUCGGGCUCAAUGUUGGCACGCCUGUAUUGCCAAUAGAGUCGACAAUUUUAGGCGCCAACCGUGUCUCACAUGCACGCACAUGCUCAAAACCGAGCCCCUGCAAUGUCAGUUUUUUGUGCCACUGUUUUGAAUUAAAUGGGUUUGAUUAAUGGUCAUUGGUAAUAUCAGCAGUGAGUUACAUCUUCACCAAUCCUGCAUCCCCUCCCCCCCAACUACCCCAUUCACCAACUUUUUUCCCCCAGAUCCAGCAUCUGUCAAAUACUUUUCUUGCUUCCCGUAUUCCACGGAGAAUAUUUCCUGCAGUUGGUCUCUCCCCGACGGUGUAUGGAGCAUGCUGCUUCUGCAAGUGAUCAAAGGCAGUGAUUGUUUGCAGGUCGUAGGCAUCUUCAAUGACGGUUUACCAGUCAUAACCAUAUAUCCUUCAAAUGAAAAAAUUAUGGAGCCUCCGGGAAAUGGAAGAACAAAUGUAACAUUUGCUAUGCUUGGACGUCUGAAGCCGAACACUGAAUACUUAGUCAAUAUCACCACCUUCUCAGGAGAUCUGCCCAGUCAAACUCUACAAGGAAAAGCACAGACCGACAUAAGCGCUCCUCCACCCGUUCUGGAGACGGUGAACAUCACGAUGGUGCAGAACCAGGUGACACCGAGCAGCCUAACCAUCUCCUUCAACUGCAGCUGGUUCCAGAACACAAACGGCGACCUCAAGUACUACACGGUCAUCGUCAAGCAGUCCGAGGGAACCAGCAGCGAGAGUCCAGAGAAGAGGUGGCCUCUGAGCACGUACUCGGAAUAUGCGCGUGGCAUUACAAACGUGUACCAGGUGGACGAUCGUGUCUACCCCUCCGAGUGCUCCAACCCCAAAUCCGUCGUCAGUGUCCAAAUUGGUACCGGCAGAACGAGUGGCAGCUUCUCCGAUGGCCCCUUGAAGCAAAACACUGCCUACAGGAUCAGUUUCCGCGUCUACACGUACCUCCCAAACGCACGCUCUGUCCGCGCCAUCUACACGGACACACGCUUCUCUCUACCACUCAUGACAGUGGGUGGCAUCGGGAGCUCGGGAAGCAUCAUUGGCCCUGUGGUGGGAGGUGUGCUGGGAGCGUUGGUGAUCAUUGCUGGAGGGGUCUUACUCUACGUACGCCGGGAGCGACUGAACUGUUUCAAGAGACCCGAUUCCAUACAGCAAACUAGCACAAGAAAAUGGGAUGAUCUCCCGGCUAUACCAAGUGGCAUGAAAAAUGAUGUUUGUGAUGCAAGUCAUAAGGCCUACAAUGAAUACGUGAAUUGUGACGACUGCAUUUAUGAAGAUCUGGAUAAUGGUAAACCCCAAGAGGACCACCACUCAGGUACACCGUCGAAGACAGAAGAUGAUGCCAAGACCAUGGCCAGUUCCGAUCCCACCUACCUCGCCCCCGACAAUAUAUACGUCAAUGUGAAAUAGCCAAUAAAGUCACUCUCCACCUCCUGUUCGAUAUCAAAAAACGGCUCCUCUACUGAGUUUCAAAACAUGAACCAGACCUUUCCUGUGCUGGGUUCACAUCAAAGUAAAUUUUACCUCGUACUGAAGGUUCAUUCAUUCGUACCAGGUACAAAUUUAUCAGGUGUGAUAUUGUUAUAAUGCCACCAGCGGGCAGACAUUGCACUUUUUCGAGAACAAAUAUUUCUCUUGCAAAAACUGCUCUGCCUUUUUGCAGCUGAGCUUAUAGAUCUGUGAUUGUAUAGGGUAUCUGUACUUGUCUAAGGUACCGAUGUUAAGUGUAAUGGUCUCAGUGGAAAUCUAUAGAUGUCCUCUUCGAAUGGUUGAAGUAGUUUAGCCAGAUUGUGUCAGAUGUAGUGGGUUGUACUGCUCUGAUGAUGCCUCCCUCCUUCGUAUUCGUGAAUUGGGCAUUGAGAUGUCAUACCUUCUGUGGUCUACUCUGGGUAACCACAUGGCACACUACCGGAGAGUUUUUAUUUUCAAAUGUGCUUUAAGUAACCGCAUUUGCCAUGGUUUGUGUGGAUUCGAUUUGGGGUUGUGCCCAUAAUUUUCGUGGACGAUUAAAACCAUGGAUCGUCUGCAUCGGGUCUUGAUUCUAACACAUUGGGCGAUAUAAAUAUAUAUGUAUUACUUACCUACAUAGUCUAUACGGGGGUGAAUAUAUAGAGCGUGUUAAUCUGUUGCUAUUCUUUGUUAAGAUUAUCGGUUUCAUGUCAGACUUAUUUGUGGCUACGUGGUGACGCCUGACUCAUGGACACAGGAUGUGAGGAUCAGUAAUAAUUAUAAAACUUGCCAGUAAUCGAUCAUUUUUCACAAUCACGAGAAAUUAUGAACCCAAAUCCUCUACAAAUUUUGCGUUCAAGUUAAUACAUUUCACCCAUUGGAUGUGUAAUGGUACUCUUUUAACAUCAAUGGUGUGCCAAGGUGGGAAGAUGUUAACUACCUUGCCUGGUAUACAGGAGGUCAUGGGUUCGAUCCCGACCCUGACGCCUGCUGUAUAUUUAGAGCUUGCGUGUUGUCUCCGAGGUCAUGUAGAUUUUUCUCCGAGUCCUCCGAUUUUGCCUUCCACAUUUAGAAUCGACAUCACACAUUUAGAGUAUUUGGCUGCUAUAAAUGUCCAAAUGAUAAGCCAUUACGUUGAGCUAUCAAUUGUGAUAACCAGAUCGCUUCUAAAAAAAUGUUAUAUAGCUCAGUGGGCCUUGUCUGGUAAAAUAAAAAAAUAAAAUAGUUUAGUUUAAGGAUCACCAUGUACUUUAUUUGUAUUUACCAUGUAAUCAAUAUGUAUCCACAAUAUAAUACAGCUGGAUUAAAGUUAAACUGUAGGUUUAGUUCUAUAAAAUGUUCAAGUAAAGGGAAGUAAAUUAAACACCUUGAUCUUAUACACGUGAAUUUUUACCAUUAAAAUUGUGACUUAAUGUCUACAUUUUAUACUUCUUUAUGACAGGUAUUUGUCUAUAAUCAGGAGUAUCUGCUUUCAUGUCUUCAUAAACUUUAUUGACACCCGCAUCAAUUUCCUUUUUUUCACAAAAAAAACACUUCCUCAUGAGACAUGCAAGGACGAAUUCUAGAGCUCAUUUUCUGUGAGUUUUAGCUGGUAUCAAAUUGUUGUUAAUCAGAAAAUUCACUCUAGGAGGCCGCUAUAAACAGUGCAUGAUACGCAGUUUGAUACCAUCUUAGAAAUCCAGGAAACCCUUUCCUCUACACAUUUUUUUAAUUAAAACAAUCUAUCGCGCAAAGUAUAUUUAAACACUCGACAAUGUUAAUCACAUUUACAUUCGCAAUACUUCCUGUUUAAUGAUUGGGUUUAUGUAGGGUGACAUGAGAUGAAAGGAGGGAGUGUCGUAUUACAUAAUCGGAAAAUCUAUACUACAGGAGCAAACCGAUAAGGUAUAAGGCUCUUUUUCACAGACGUCCAAUAGUGGGCGGGUAAGAAUGUUAAAACAAGCAAUACAAAACCACGAUAAGAGUGCAAAGUAUUAGGAAAAAAAAACUGUAAACCAAACUACAGUUUUCCCAUGUGCCUUUGAGUUUGCAGAUCGCAGAAUUUUUUAAAGCAGUCAUCUGUUAUUAUUUUACGAUUACCUCCAUGGAAUAAUCAGUGCUCGUUAUCCUUGAACUAAUUUCAAAUAAAGUGUAUAACCUACCGCAAAACUAUUGUAAGAAAAUUGUGUUUUUUAUAUAGUCCAUUUAGUGUAAAAAGCACUUGCUCAUACAAAACACACCGAUACAUCAAACACGUGCACGUGUAUACACGGUACAAUAUAAACGUGGUGAGUUGUGGACUAUGAUGAAGACUAUAAUUGGCUUUACAAUUUCUGGCAGUAAGACGGGUGUCAAAAUGUUCAAACACCAAAUAGACACAUGUUGCAAGGCAUCAAGUCGUGCAUUAACCACACAUACUUGUGGCAAAACAUACAAACAUGCUCUAAUAAUAACAUAUGCUUUUUCUUUGAGACGGUGAGGGAAGCCAGGAGGGGGAGAGCAGUGACUGAGUCCCAGAGCGGCCAGGAGCACCUUGGAGACCUACCUGGAAAAAAAAACUCUUGAACUUGGUAGAGCGCUACUGCUCACUUUUGACUGAUAAAAAGACUAUAAGGCUUUAGCUACACUCGAUUGCUGCACUUCUUUUCAGCCACUUGAGCAGUGGCGGGCCGUGUAUUUUACACCUUGGCCUUCAGUGCUAUCCUCCUGCAGUUGCAGUGAGGGAAAAAAAGUAUUUGAUCCCCUGCUGAUUUUGUACG